AUGGAGGCCACCACAACUUGGUCAAUGUUGAGGCAACGGAGGAGAAGAGCAGAGCCGAAAUUCCCUGGUAGACCACGUCACAACUUGACCCGCAGACAAGAACCAGCAGCACCAUCCGAGGAAGAGGGUGAGGAAGCAGACGGUGAACAGGAGGCCGGUGAAGAGGAAGAGGAGGAGGAGGAGGAGGAGGAUGAAGAGAAGGAGAAAGAUGAAGAGAAAGAGGAGGAUGAAGUGGAGAAGGAUGAUGAAGAAAAAAAAGAAGACAAAUCCGAAAGCAGCGAAUCCGAAAGCGAGUCAGAUUCCGACUCUGAGUCCAGCGCAUCUUCAGAAAGCGAUUCCGACUCAGCAGUACCUGGCAAAGCAGACUCAAGCGACUCGGAUCAAGAAGAUUCUCUUCCACCGCCCGCAGCUGAAGGAUCGUUGCCAGAACGCCAAACUGACGACAAUGCCCUUCCUCCCCCAAGAGGCUUCAUCACGCUCGUACCGUCACCUCCUCAGACGACGCCACCCCCGCAACCUCCUCGAGUUACGUCAACACGACCUACUCAAUCACCAUCUGCCACGACGCCAUCAAGCCAAUCUCCUCCUGCCAGCCAGGCUCCUUCGCCUUCAUCUCCGCCGUCUUCUGCACCUCCGACAAUGACAAUGCCCGCCGAGACCCCCGGAGCAAACCAACCUCCCCCCGCCGUCGGAAAUGCCGCGUCUGGAACCCCUCAAUCUAGCCUUAUUAUGCCGUCCAACUCACAGAUGAAGGCGACGGCCACGCCGAUCUCCGCCACAGCGUCGGCGGGUACGAACCGCAGUUUCGCCAUCGGGAUCGCCUUCGGCGUCGUUGCCAUAAUCGCGCUCAUCAUUGGAGCCGUAGUCUUCUUCCUCAAGCGCCAGAAGAGAAAGAAGAAGGUGAACGCCGUGGCUGCCAACAUGAGCCGGAAUGCCGGAGGCGGCGGUAACGCCUUCUUCCAGAGCGGGCCGGCCGCCGCCGCCGCCACCGCCGGUCAACCCGCGCGCAACACGCGCGAAUGGGAGAAGGCCAUCGUCGCCACCUACAGGCAAACUCAGAUCGCGAAUCGCACGACGAAGGAGAUGGAGGAACAGAUGAUGUCGCAGUACAAUGCGGACAGGAGCAGGAAUCCCGCGCAACCCGACCGGCCGCCCACGGCGGGCACGGUGGUCACGAUCCCGACGUUUCCGGCACCACCCGUCUCCAACUUCAACACCGGCUACGCCGUCACACGCGACGCCAAUACUGACAGCUUUUACGACGAUAAGUCCAUCCACGAGCCCGCCAUGCCCGAGCCCUUGAGGCUUAGCGGAUCACCACCACGUCGGCCAGGUUCCAUGGCGGCACCGUACCCCGUCUCGGGCUACGACCAGGGCUCUUACCGAGAGUCCAUCAACAUCGGGUACCAGCCAUACAACUCGGGUCCCUUCUAUCAGCCGACUCCUGGUCGCUACAGUUCGGGCGUCUCUUAUCAACCGCAGCCCGGUGGUCUACCGAGAGCGGAGAGGGGGCCGGACGGGCGCUUCUCCCCAGAGAUAGGCUACGCCAGAGGGUAUUAG